CCCUUCGCCCCCAACCGGGUCUGCGCGCGCUCUGGGGUCUGCGCGCGGCCGCGGGACGUUCCCGCCGCCGGCGCGCGCCUUGUGCCCCGCGCCUCGCUCCUGGAGCCACGUCUCCGCCCCCGCCCGGCGCGCUGCGGAGUUCGCUGCCGGGCUGCGCGGGCCAGGGUGUGGCCGGCGGGUCUCGGCGGGUCUCGGCUGCACUCGUCUCCGCGGUGCGCUGUGCUGCGCUGCGCUGCACUCUGCACGCCCGUUCGGUUCGCGAGAGGCUGGUGAACGAGGAGCGCAGCCAGGGAGAGCCCGGUCGACGCGGGUUGGAGCUCUGUCCAGUUGUUUUCACUUGUUAUUCCUGAGGUAAACAAAUUGAAAAGAUGAGUGAACUGGAACAGUUGAGGCAGGAAGCAGAACAGCUGCGAAAUCACAUCCAGGAUGCUAGGAAAGCAUGUAAUGAUGCCACGCUUGUUCAGAUCACAUCAAAUAUGGACUCUGUGGGUCGAAUACAAAUGCGAACAAGACGUACACUGAGGGGUCACCUAGCUAAAAUUUAUGCUAUGCAUUGGGGAUAUGAUUCAAGGCUACUAGUCAGUGCUUCCCAAGAUGGAAAAUUAAUUAUUUGGGAUAGCUAUACAACAAAUAAGAUGCAUGCUAUUCCUUUGCGAUCCUCCUGGGUGAUGACCUGUGCUUAUGCUCCCUCUGGCAAUUAUGUUGCUUGUGGAGGACUGGACAAUAUCUGCUCUAUAUACAACUUAAAAACCAGGGAGGGAAACGUGAGAGUGAGCCGAGAGUUACCGGGUCACACAGGCUACUUGUCCUGUUGUCGUUUUUUAGAUGACAGCCAAAUUGUUACAAGUUCAGGAGAUACAACUUGUGCUUUAUGGGACAUCGAAACUGCCCAGCAGACCACCACAUUCACUGGACAUUCUGGAGAUGUGAUGAGUCUUUCUCUAAGUCCUGACAUGAGGACUUUCGUUUCUGGUGCUUGCGAUGCCUCUUCCAAACUAUGGGAUAUUCGAGAUGGAAUGUGUAAACAGUCUUUCACUGGACACGUGUCGGAUAUUAAUGCUGUCAGUUUUUUCCCAAAUGGCUAUGCUUUUGCCACUGGCUCUGAUGACGCCACUUGCCGGCUCUUUGACCUUCGUGCAGACCAAGAGUUAUUAUUGUAUUCUCAUGACAAUAUCAUCUGUGGAAUCACUUCUGUAGCCUUCUCAAAAAGUGGGCGCCUCCUGUUAGCUGGCUAUGAUGACUUUAAUUGUAAUGUGUGGGACACGCUUAAAGGAGAUCGUGCAGGUGUCCUUGCUGGUCAUGACAACCGUGUCAGCUGUUUAGGUGUAACUGAUGAUGGCAUGGCUGUGGCAACAGGCUCUUGGGAUAGUUUUCUUAGAAUCUGGAAUUAAUAGUCAUACAUACUUUGUUCUCCACUGUUAUCUGGAGAAAUCAGUGCUACAGCGUAUAGCUGUGAAAAAAAAAAUCUACCUUAUAUUUGCAGGUGAAGAUUUUUCUAUUGAGAUUAUUGUACACAAAAAGCUUUCAGUAAACUACCAGAAAAAAAAAAAGGUGGAAAAAAACACACAAGGCAAAGGUGCUAGCUGAGAUCAGAAGGACCCGUGUAUUAAUUUGAGGAAUUUGGUUAAUUUGACCUUGAUGAAUUUUUGCUGUACUGAAAGUCUAAUGAUUUUAUUCCUGUAAUAUGGAAUGUAUACAUAAUAGCAGUCUAUCAUGUUUGAUUAUGUUUGCAUUUUUUAAAGAACUACAUUUUUAACUUUAUUAUACAAGAAAUGCCACACUUUUGGGUUCUGUAAUGGAAGAACCAGACACAGUAAUAGAGGGAAGUGAUACUACAUGUAUGUUUACUUAGAUUUUGAAGAAAGUCUCCUUGAAUUUUGAUCUUCCUUUUUAAUCUAAAAGAGAUCCUGAUUGCUUAAUGUUUACGAAUCCUGUAGGCAUUGGUACCACUGAGGGAAGUCCUUUUGAAUAUCAUUAGUUCCUCAAUCAUCCUUUGCUGCCCAGUUAAUCUAAAUAAUAAAUACUCAUUUUCAGUCCUUUGAGGGAGAGAUCAUCUGAAGGGCAAAGAGUAGAGAUUUCACACUGCAGUUUUAGACAAACCUAAGAAAAUGGUUCUUUGCAUUAUUUUAUGACCAGUUGACGUACCCCUCUAAACAGUUGAUUGGAUUUUCUCAUUGAUUUCAUACUCUGGAACCGAGUUUGUAGAGUAUACUCAUAUUUCAAAUUUGGUUAACAUUUGGAUUGUUCCUGCAUCUGAAGAAUCUUUCCCAGUGUUCUCUAUCAAUAUACAAAUGGUAGGAAAAAAUAGUGUGGCAUUAUUGUUUAGAAAUGCGUUUAAUCUAAGCAAUCACUAGCCGUGAUGUUAUAAUUGUAAUAGAGAGGUUUUAUGAAUUCUGUGUUCAAGUAAUAUAAAAUCUGAGUUGAUGUAAAUUACCUGUGCCUUCAAAUUUCUUAAAAGGAAACAUUGAAGCUUUUUGCUCCUGUAAUAUUUUUUGGCUUAGCACAAAAUAUUGGUUUCUAAGUGGUUCUGCUUCAAAGUAAGCCUAGAACUAAGUGAUGCAACUUUAAAGUCAAAAGAAAAGUUCUUGAAGCACUUCUUAAAGGUGUCAGAGGAAAAUAUUAAGCAGUUCCUCCACUUGUUGAUGAAAUAAGAACGUGCCUGUUACUAGGAAAAAAAAAAAGCCCCCCUCCUCUGAAUUUUAAACAAAGAUACUUUUCACCUGGGAUCUUCUCUUACAGAUAAAUCCAAAUGAUUGACAAUACAAGAUUCUAGAUCGAAGUGUGAAGUUAUAGGUUAUUCUGAUAUAUAGAAAGAAGUACAUUGUAUUUGAUAACUUAGUAAACUGUGUAAGUUACUGUUGAGAUUGCAGUUAACUUUUAUUCAUGUGUAAAUGUAAGCUAAAUACUCCCAAAUUUACUUGUAGUUUUCAUUUGUAUAUUGCUAAUGUGCUAAGAAGUGCAUUAAUUGUAAUAGUAUCAAUUUUAAGGUCAGUUUAUAUUAGAGAAUAAAAUGUUGAUAAAGGCAGAUUAAGAUAUAGAACCAAAACAGAACAUUGUAGAUGGCAGGCACGAAUAUAUAUAUUUAUAUUUUUGUUAGGUUUCUAUGAACUUUUGCUGUUAAUGUUUAUUUGUGGAUUAUUUAUAUCACUUCAUAAAGAGCAGUUCUUUGAGCUUUUACAAGGCAAGAAUAUUUUAAAGGAACAUAUUCAUCCCAUCCACACCUCUGCCAAAGUGCCAUCAUUCCAAAACCUGCUCAAGAAAGCAUUUCUGCUAUGAGAAAUAGCCUUAUAGAAAGUAUAUCCUCUAUUUUGAAAGUUGUUCUGAUAACAAGAUACUUUAUUUAGAGGCACAUAGACAGGAAUUCUAUGGUCUUAAACAUAUUAUUUAAAAAUGAAAUUUGUUUUAAUGUUACUUAAGUUUGUCUAGAGAGGAGUAUAAAGCAAUUCUCAUAAUUAAAAAUGUACCUGGCAACUGAAAACCAACCAAUAUUGAAAACUUGUGGCUAAUUAUUCAUAUGAUCAAAUGGUGAUAAAGUAACCUCAUUACCACAUACUUUGUUUUCAGUGAUAUGGGUUCCAGUUGCUAAAUAUUUUUAUUUGCACUUUUGAGUUCAGCUGGUUGCCUGUUUUAACUCUGUUGUGCCUAAGACUUGUGGACAUUAUAGUACUGCAUUCAUCUGGUGCCUAUUAAUUUUUCUUCUUCACCUUACAAGAAACAUUUAAACAUAGUGUGCCUCAGUAGGUUUAUUUUUGGGCUAUUUAUAUCACUGCAUACACAGUAGUUGAAAUCUGGCAAAAAUAUUUUAAGGGCACUACUCUUUUCUGUAAGAAAAGAUUGCCAUGUGGUUCAGCAAAUCAUUCCAAAAACCUGAUCAAGAAAGUACUUCUUGUUAUUAGCAAGUGUAUCUCCUCUACUUGGAUGGACAAGCCUCAUUUUCACCAGCAAUAUUAUUAGGGAUCUAGUCUAAAACAUCCAAGUUUCCUCCCUCAUUCACAUUUUAUAGUUGCGAUUCCAUGAUUACACAUACACACACAGCACACACCAAAUUGAUUUCUGUCUUUAGAGGCAGACUUGGGCUUUAUAUUUCAUAUAAAUAUUGCAAUAGAGCCCAGUAGGCUGUUCUCACCAUUUUAAUUUAGACUCAGUUGAACUGAUUAAUAUUGCAUGAUGAUAAUAAACUAGUCCCUAGAUAUAAUGGGUGUAGGUGCUUCUGGAAUACAUUAAUCAAUUUAAAAGAUAAUGUAUUAAAGGAGAGAUGGAUUUUUAUUUAUCCAGAUGACAAAUAUUGAAAUUUUUAUUGCUAAAAAUACUGUGCCAAUAUAUGAGCUCCUCCAAAACUUUUGAUGUCUUAAGAUUUACUAAUAAACUAAGACUUCAACCAUUUUCAAAAUGAAGUUCACGAAAAUUUAUGCUUUGUUUACUAGUGAAGUUCUCACAUUUUAAGUUAUAAACAGAAAUGAAUACUUGUAGCUUAUUGUUGAUAUUAUUUUAAAUUUAUGGAAACUGAUUAAACAUCCUCCAUAUGGCUCUGUCAUCAUUUUAAUAGUGAAGAUAUUGUAUAAUCUUUAAGGUGUGAAUUCAGGCUUUUAAAAAUAUAUGUUUUAAUUACUAUGUUCAGCUCCUUUCCCUUUCAUCAUUGUGAAUUUUUUAAGCACAUACAGGUUAGACAUCUUUCUUAUGAGAAAGGUUGUUAAUUUACAACCAGCUGUACAAUGAAUAAAGCUGGUAUUUUAAACUAAAAUAGGUACUUAUUAAAAUGGUAUGUAGAAUGUCUAAGCAAGCAUUCCAUAUUUAAAAAAAGUAUUAGACUGAUCUUACCUUGUAUUUUAGCAAAUCUGUUUGCAUGAUGGUAAAAUAUUUUUUUCUUAAAUUCAGUAUUUUGUAAAAUAGUUAUGAUAAUGCAGCAUUAUGAUUAAAAUAUUGUGUUACAAUUGGUAUUAAAUGUGCCCAACAAAAUCCUACAUCACAUUUGUUUUAAUAGAACUUAAGUGAUAUACUUGGUAUCUCAAACCUUUUCUGUCAGUCACAUGAUGGUGCUCUAUACUUUGUUUUCUCUUCAAAGAAGCAUCUGAAUACUUGCAUUUUCAGAUUCCUAUCCAAAGGCAUCCAUAUCUAAGUGAGUUUUUUUUUUAAUUGAUCAAAUAUUUUCAUGUUACAGUAUUCUGAAAAUGUUUUUCUUCACUCAUCUAGAAUGGUUUCCACACUUGUUACCAGUUAACUAUGAGUAUGGCUAGUAUUACUAAUUACAGUAAAGGUAAAUAUCUAGAUUAAAGUUUUCAUAAUAGUAUAAACCAACCAAUAAAUUACAGACUUGAUGCAACAGUGUUCUUGGAUCUUUCUUCAGUGAUUGUGUUCACUAGCUCAGUGAAAUAAUGUUGCUGUGAACUGAUGUUGUAAUCAAUAAAGUGCUUUUAACCACA